ACCACAAUGCGAUAGCUUGCUUCCCAGACUUGAUGCCUUCCCCGUGGUCAAUCCUCUGUGGUCCAGGAACAUUUUGUGUCAUUGUAUGUUUCUCUUCCUAAUCUUUUGAUAAUAUGUUUCAAAUGUCAUGGUGGGCUCAAGUUUAUCUUCUGGUUUGGAAUAAUCUUUUCAGGGUCUUAAUGUGCAAAAUAAAAGUUUUAUUCUGGUGCGUGCAAUAAAACAAAGAGAAACCCACUGCAGGGUAACCAUGCUUUUCAGUGGGAGAGGUGGUUAGGUGCUCAAUGAUUUAAAAAAAGGGGUAUUUCACCUAACAGACGUGGGUCGCAGAUGGGUUGUGUGUGAGUCGAAGGGUUAACUAUCCCAUGUGAGGGUCAGCAUAAAUUAUGAUGGAAAAAAAGGCAUUUUCCUCUUGUAGAAUAUGAGGAUGUAAGGUUUAGGGUUAGAUUUGGUGUAAUUCACCUGCCAAUACACUUUGCUAUUCCAUGCUGAGCUCAGUUGACAACAUCCUGCUUGCUUAUAGACAGAGCUUAACCUCCCACAGCAGGCAUUGCAGAGAAAUAUGCUUUGGCCUAGUCAGUUUAGGAUUAUUUCUCGUUCGAUCAGGGUUAUGUUAUAACAGAGACGUGAGAAUCGGAUCCAAUUUGUCCCGCCAGUUUGUUUUUUUUAGUCUUCUGGGCUGUGAUUAAAGGGACAGUGUGGAUUUUUUUUGUCUGGUUGUAUGAGGUACUUCUCGACAGUCGGUGUAUUACCUGCAGCAGGUGGCGGUCUGAGAAUCCUCAGUUUGGGAAAGCAGGCAGGAGUACUAACACCGAAGAUAAACAAUGUACUGCUGUAGAUUGGGGCACCCUAAGUGUUUGCUCAAUUCAAAAUAUUUUCACUGCUUAAUGUUAUCAGACAGCUCUGUUUAAGUUUACACGGGGGGAAUUGAAGCCCUUAUCUGCUCUCUUCAAAGCCACCAGACUCCAUUGAUAAAAACAUUUUUACCUUGCAGAACACAGGAGUUGCUGGUCUACCGCCCACUCAGUUGCUUAGUUUGUUAAUGUUAUUGUGUGAUUUCAUGUUCAUAUUCACCAAAGUGGCACAAUAACACAAACUUACUAACAGAUGGGCGGCUGUGGCUCAGUUGGUAGAGUCAGUUGGCCCCCAACCAAAGGGUUGGUGGUUCGAUCCCUGACCGUCACAGCCUACAUGCUGAAGUAUCCUGAACCCCAAAUUUCUCCCGAUGCUGCGUUCAUCGGUGAAUGAAUGAAUUGGCAGGUGGGACCGUUUAGGGUAGCCUCUGCCACCAGUAUGAAUGUGUGUGUGAAAGGGUGAAUGAGCGCUGAGUCUGAGUUUUGAGUGGUCGCAAAGCGACUAGAAAAGCGCUAUAUAAGUGCAGGUCCAUUUACCAUUUACCAGAUGAAGGCAGUAGUAGGUCAAGAACUCCUGUGUUCUGUGAGGAGAAAUUGAUGUGUUUGGCUCUGAAGAGAGCAUAGUUGUUUCCCCCUUAAACAGGGCUGUUUGACGGCAAGCUAAAGAGGUGAAACUACUCUAAAUAUAGCGUACCCAUAAGUUGAUAUUGAUUUUUAUUACACACUUAGAAUACUUUUAUCAUCUCCCCUGUCCACAGCAGUAGAUUGUUUAGCUUCUGUGUCGGUACUUCUGCCUGUUUCUGCAACCUGGGGGCGUACGGACCGCCAUCUACUGUAGAUAAUACACUGGUUAUGGAUAAGUACAACAUCCCAACUAUCCCUUUAACCACCUCUGUGGGCAACCAUUGUCCUUGGACCUCAGCAUAGGACAUGAUUGUUACUUUUACAAAUCUGAGGAUUAAGUUUAUUGGGCUUUAAUUACGUCUAAUCAUGAAGACUUGAAUACUGUGCCUGGAAAAGGCAUUGUAAAACAACAAGCAGUAGUCUGAGCCAGCUAGUUAACUGUUUUCCAUUUUUAUUGCAUCUUCACCUCCACUGACAAUAUGAGCUUUAAUGGCCUGAGAGCUUCAGGUGUUGGUCUAGGUAGGGCUUAUCUGAAGCCUGCAUGUAGAGAGAGCUCUUUGUACAAACGUUAUUGUGUAAAUAUAUUUUUAUUUUACAACUCUCUCUGUAAAAUAGAAAUAUGUUAUCAAGAAAAAAUGUGUACCACAAUACCACAGGCCCAUACUAACUGUCCUUAAUUUCUCUCCUACAGCAGUACUGCUUUGCCAGUCCUGUACUGCACUCUGUUAAGGGUGCAGCAACUCAUCCUGUGUAGGUUAUGGGGGAACACAGAGAACUGUGCACUUUCUGUCAGUUUGGUCAGGGUCCACUGGCUGUUUGUUUGGGGGCCUUUGAGGGGAAUCAGAUGCAGCCCAGCUACAACAAACCUCAACCCCCCCAAGUUUUUUUUAUAUCUGGCUUAUCAAUUUUUCCCUACAAAUUUAAGAUAAAAGUUCCCGUGCAUUCAUGAUGGAAAAUCACUGCCCAAAUAUUUGACUAUAUUUCUUAUCCUUAUUUGAAGUCAAGAUCUAAAAUGUAUCAUGAUUGGAUAUUAACCAGUCCUGUUGAGGCGAGUCAGCAUGGCUCUGACAUGUCAUUUAUUAUAUUUUUGGGCUAUAUUUAUCAUAAUUUGUUGCCUAUUUUUUUUUUAAUUAGUAGAUGCUCAUAUAUUGUCAGAAUGUCACUCCUAGAAGUAACCUCAAUCUUGACUUCAUUUUUAUAAGCUAGUGUAAACAAAAACUGUACCACAUGGUCUCCACAUGAGUUUUUUUCUAGUUUCUAUGCCCCAAGAAGAUAUGUCUUUUUAUUUUUGAGUGCCGUUAAAUCAAUGCAACACAGGUGGUAUACUGUUGUGUGUGAGUUCAAACCCUUUUCCAAAGUGUUACUAAUGGUAAAGAGAAAUUUUCUAGGCUUCUUUUCUGCCGGUUGAAGUCUGACUGCAGAGGGACCCUUGGCACUGAAAGUGGGGCAAAACGCCGGACCCCAAGCUGCAGGUCAGGUCAUACGUGGACGUCAUGUUAGAACAGAACCUGUCCAAAGAGGAGAGAGAGAUUCGUCAGCAGCUGGCAGAGAAGGCCAAGGCUGGGGAGCUGAAAGCUGUCAACGGGUCCGCCGCCUCACAAGCUGCUGCAAAACGUAAACGUCGAUGGGACCAGACAGCUGACCAAACCCCCUCUAAUGCUACGCCCAAAAAGAUGUCCAGCUGGGACCAGGCCGACUCCUCUGCUGAGACUCCAGGACACACCCCCGGACACACCCCGGCACACACACCCUCAAACAGCCGAUGGGAUGAAACCCCCGGCCGCCCCAAAGGCAGUGAGACCCCGGGCGCCACUCCAAGCACCCGCAUGUGGGACCCGACUCCCAGCCACACGCCCGCUGGCGCCGCCACGCCCGGCAGGGACACACCUGGCCACGCCACACCUGGCCACGGCGGAGCCACAGGAAGCGUACGCAAGAAUCGCUGGGACGAAACCCCAAAGACAGAAAGGGAGACCCCGGGACAUGGGAACGGCUGGGCUGAGACGCCACGCACAGACAGAGGAGACGAGUCGGUGGGCGAGACUCCGACCCCGGGCGCCAGUAAGAGGAAGUCAAGGUGGGAUGAAACCCCUGCCAGUCAGAUGGGAUCCUCAACACCACUGCUAACUCCUGGAAAAACUCCCAUUGGAACGCCAGCUAUGAACAUGGCCACCCCAACACCAGGUCACCUGAUGAGCAUGACUCCAGAGCAACUGCAGGCGUGGAGGUGGGAGAGGGAGAUCGAUGAGAGGAACCGACCUCUCACAGAUGAGGAGCUUGAUGCCAUGUUCCCCGAGGGAUACAAGGUCUUGCCUCCACCAGCUGGCUACGUGCCGAUCCGCACCCCGGCCCGUAAGCUGUCGGCCACACCAACCCCCAUCGGAGGCAUGACAGGCUUCCACAUGCAGGUGGAGGACCGCACCACCAAACAGAUGAACGACCAGCCCUCAGGGAACCUGCCCUUCCUCAAACCGGACGACAUCCAGUACUUCGACAAACUGCUGGUGGAGGUGGAUGAGUCCACGCUGAGUCCAGAGGAGCAGAAAGAGAGGAAGAUCAUGAAGCUGCUGCUGAAGAUUAAAAAUGGAACACCGCCCAUGAGGAAGGCCGCUCUGCGUCAGAUCACAGAUAAAGCUCGUGAGUUUGGAGCCGGCCCGCUCUUCAAUCAGAUCCUGCCGCUGCUCAUGUCGCCCACCCUGGAGGACCAGGAGCGCCACCUGCUGGUUAAAGUCAUCGACCGCAUUCUCUACAAACUGGACGACCUGGUUCGACCAUACGUACACAAGAUCCUGGUGGUGAUCGAGCCGCUGCUGAUUGAUGAAGAUUACUACGCGAGAGUUGAAGGCAGAGAGAUCAUCUCUAACUUGGCAAAGGCCGCCGGUUUGGCCACGAUGAUCUCAACGAUGCGUCCCGAUAUCGACAACAUGGAUGAGUACGUGAGAAACACGACGGCCCGAGCCUUCGCCGUGGUCGCCUCCGCUCUCGGCAUUCCCUCUCUGCUGCCGUUCCUCAAAGCCGUGUGCAAAAGCAAGAAGUCGUGGCAGGCUCGCCACACGGGCAUCAAGAUCGUGCAGCAGAUCGCCAUCCUCAUGGGCUGCGCCAUCCUGCCCCACCUCCGCAGCUUGGUGGAGAUCAUCGAGCACGGUCUGGUGGACGAGCAGCAGAAGGUCAGGACCAUCAGCGCUCUGGCUAUAGCCGCCCUCGCUGAGGCUGCCACUCCCUACGGUAUCGAGUCCUUUGACUCGGUCCUCAAGCCUCUCUGGAAGGGUAUCAGGCAGCACAGAGGCAAGGGUCUGGCUGCUUUCCUCAAAGCCAUCGGUUACCUGAUCCCGCUGAUGGACGCAGAGUACGCCAACUACUACACCAGAGAGGUGAUGCUGAUCCUCAUCAGAGAGUUCCAGUCGCCCGACGAGGAGAUGAAGAAGAUUGUGCUCAAGGUGGUGAAACAGUGCUGCGGCACUGAUGGUGUGGAAGCAAACUACAUCAAGACGGAGAUCCUGCCGCCGUUCUUCAAACACUUCUGGCAGCACAGGAUGGCUCUGGACAGACGCAACUACAGACAGCUGGUGGACACCACGGUGGAGCUGGCCAACAAAGUGGGAGCAGCAGAGAUCAUUUCUCGCAUCGUGGACGACCUGAAAGACGAGGCGGAGCAGUACAGGAAGAUGGUGAUGGAGACCAUCGAGAAGAUCAUGGGCAACCUGGGCGCGGCCGACAUCGACCACAAGCUGGAGGAGCAGCUGAUCGACGGCAUCCUGUACGCCUUCCAGGAGCAGACGACAGAGGACUCUGUGAUGCUGAAUGGCUUCGGCACGGUGGUGAACGCCCUCGGGAAGCGCGUGAAGCCGUACCUGCCGCAGAUCUGCGGUACGGUGCUGUGGCGUCUCAACAACAAGUCGGCCAAAGUGCGUCAGCAGGCCGCCGACCUGAUCUCCCGCACCGCCGUGGUCAUGAAGACGUGUCAGGAGGAAAAGCUGAUGGGUCACUUGGGCGUGGUGCUGUACGAGUACCUGGGAGAGGAGUACCCCGAGGUGCUGGGCAGCAUCCUGGGAGCGCUGAAGGCCAUCGUUAACGUUAUUGGUAUGCACAAGAUGACUCCACCGAUCAAAGACCUGCUUCCCCGUCUGACUCCCAUCCUGAAGAACAGACACGAGAAGGUGCAGGAGAACUGCAUCGACCUGGUGGGAAGGAUCGCCGACAGGGGAGCUGAGUACGUGUCGGCCAGGGAGUGGAUGAGGAUUUGUUUCGAGCUGCUGGAGCUGCUGAAGGCUCACAAGAAAGCGAUCCGCAGAGCAACGGUCAACACGUUCGGCUACAUCGCCAAAGCCAUUGGCCCUCACGACGUGCUGGCCACGCUGCUCAACAACCUGAAGGUGCAGGAGCGUCAGAACCGCGUCUGCACCACCGUGGCCAUCGCCAUCGUGGCCGAGACCUGCUCGCCGUUCACCGUGCUGCCGGCGCUCAUGAACGAGUACCGCGUGCCAGAGCUUAACGUGCAGAACGGCGUGCUCAAGUCCCUCUCCUUCCUGUUCGAGUACAUCGGAGAGAUGGGCAAAGACUACAUCUACGCCGUCACGCCGCUGCUGGAGGACGCGCUCAUGGACCGAGACCUGGUCCACAGACAGACGGCCAGCGCCGUGGUGCAGCACAUGUCUCUGGGCGUGUACGGCUUCGGCUGCGAGGAUUCUCUCAACCACCUGUUGAACUACGUCUGGCCCAACGUGUUCGAGACGUCGCCGCACGUCAUCCAGGCGGUGAUGGGAGCGCUGGAGGGGCUGCGGGUCGCCAUCGGGCCCUGCCGCAUGCUGCAGUACUGCCUACAGGGUUUGUUCCACCCGGCGAGGAAGGUGCGAGACGUUUACUGGAAGAUCUACAACUCCAUCUACAUCGGCUCGCAGGACGCGCUCAUCGCCCACUACCCGCAGGUCUACAACGACGAGAAGAACAUGUACGUCCGCUACGAGCUUGACUACGUCUUGUAAAUAAUAAUUCUUCUUUCCUCUCCUCCCUUCAUCCGUCACUCUCACCGUCGUCUGUGACUCGGUCUGAAGCCGAGUCCCUUUUUAUUUAGCAGCUGUGAUGUUUCGGGUUAAAACCGUCUGUUUGAUGAAGCUUUACUGGCCCCGGACUGAAAAAACGAGCAUGAAAAUAGGAGAAAAAAGAGGAAACUUGUAGAGUCUGUAUGUAAUUUUUUUUUAAUUUUUACUCUUUGAGUGUUCCCUGUAAGAAAACGGCCGAGCCUCGAUUGUUGCAGAAUGCAGAGAAAAGUCAUCAGGAUGUUUUAAAUAUUUGGAUCAUUUUUUUGUUAGUGUACGACCCGCUCCUCCGUCACCUCUCUUCUUACUAGAUCGUUGCUUUAUUUAACCGAAUAAAAUGUUUGUGUAUAAAACUCCAA